UCUCUGGGAAGAGGGCACACAAGGGGUGACUUCAAGAGUCUAAAUAGGGGCCUAGGUGGUGAGGCAGAGAGAGGAGGUAGGAGAGAUCAGAGCCUGGAGGCUGCCAAAAUCAGCUUCUGAGUUGGUUUCCCAUUCUUGGCGAAAACAGUCCCUCAAUUCUAGAGGGACCCUUAAAUCAUGAAGCUCAUCACUAUCCUGCUCUUCUGCUCCGGACUCCUGCUGAGUUUAACACAGGGAGAAGAGGCCCAGGAAAUUGACUGCAAUGAUGAGACUGUGUUUCAGGCUGUGGAUGCCGCUCUGAAGCAGUUUAACCCUGGGUCAAAAAGCGGCAACCAGUAUAUGUUGUACCAAGUGAUCGAGGGCACUAAAACGGAUGGCUUGCCAACCUUUUAUUCCUUCAAGUAUCGAAUCAAGGAGGGCAACUGCUCUGCUCAGAGUGGCCUCGCCUGGCAGGACUGCGACUUCAAGGACGCCGAGGAAGCCGCCACUGGAGAAUGUACAGCAACUGUGGAGAAGAGAGAAAAUGAAUUCUUUGUAGUCACCCAGAGCUGCAAGAUUACUCCAGCUAAAGGCCCCAUACUGGAAGACUACAUGCCCUGUUUGGGUUGUAUGCACCCCAUAUCAACAGAUAGUCCAGACCUGGAGCCUGUUCUGAAACACGCCAUGGAACAUUUCAACAACAACACAGAUCACAGCCACCUCUUUGCUCUCAGAAAAGUAAAAAGUGCCCACAGACAGGAUGAUGGUGAAUGUAGAGGAAAUCUCAUCAUGGAUAUUAAUAACAAAGUUGCCAACUUCUCACAGAGCUGUACCCUUUAUUCAGGACAUGAUUUGGUAGAACCACUUUCCAAGAUAUGCGCUGGCUGCCCCAAGGACAUACCUGUAGACAGUCCGCAGCUGAAGGAGCCGCUUGGUCAUUCCAUUGCACAGCUAAAUGCAGAGAAUAACCAUACUUUCUAUUUCAAGAUUGAAAGCGUGACAAAAGCAACAUCACAGGUGGUAGCAGGUACUAAUUAUGAUAUUGAGUUCAUAGCCAGAGAAACCAAAUGUUCCAAGGAAAGUAACACAGAGCUGAGAGAAGAUUGUGAGAUCAAGCACCUUGGUCAAAGUCUCUACUGCAAUGCUAACGUGUACAUGAGACCUUGGGAGAACAAAGUCUUCCCGACCGUGAAAUGCCAAGCAUUAGAAAUGACUGGAAUGAUGAGGAGGCCUCCAGGUUUUUCUCCUUUCCGGACAGUCAGAAUACAAGAAACAAAAGAAGGAACAACUGACUCAGAUUUCAUUGAAGGUGUGGCAGCUACCAUACCACCAUACGACACUGAGGUCCAUGAUGAUUUGAUCCCUGAUAUCCAAGUACAGCCAGAUAGCCUUUCAUUUAAGCUGAUAUCUGAUUUUCCAGAAGCAACUUCCCACAAAUGUCCUGGGCGCCCAUGGAAGCCAGUUAGUUGGAAGGAUCCAAACAUAGAAAUAACAGAAUUGUCUGAUUUUGAUCUCCUUGAUGCUCUUUCUUAACUUACACAGCCUAGGUAGCUUUACAAAUGCUUUCCCAG